UGAUAGAAUCGAAAACAGCAUUGUUCCUUUCCUUCGUUCGCAAAAAGGCCGAACAGAAUCCCAAAUUUCCUUGCUCUACUACAGGCAGGUCAAAUAAUAGUGUCUCGCUCUAGAGGUGCCAAGUAGACCAUACGUGGCCGUUUUCUCACUUCUCAAGCAAACCGUCUCUCUCUCUCACUGUUACACGCGAACACAAAUACUCAGAAUACUGUUGUUGUUUGUAUGUGAAAUCAAAUCAACCACAGAGAGAGAGAGAGAGAGAGAGUUCUCAAUUCAAAAUUCUCGUUUCGCUUGCGCAUUACUACAAACACCUGCGUUGCAAACUCGCUCUCGUAUGGGUUCGUCAACUCUGCCCCAAUCUUCUUUCAGCUAAUAUCUUCCGGUAGCCAAUGAGGAAUGUCUUUACUAUUGCCAGUCUCAACCGUCACCGCAAUGUCGCAGUACUCUCCAGAACUUCACGCCAUGAUAGUUUUGUUGUGGCUAUCUUGCGGAAAUGCAUGUCAUUGGGAUGUCAAACAGAAAUUGAAGUUGUUAGAAGACAAGAUAAUUGGAUUCCAUCACAGCUGUUGCUCCGAAAUUCAUUUUCGACAGGUUUCUCCAGUGUGCAUGGUGGAAGCCCAUCGGCAGCGUAUGCAAAGCUGAGGAAGGAAUUGCUAGAAAGCGAAUUUGGGCAUACUCUUGGAACUUAUGGAAAAAGUGUUUCUGUUGUUCCUCGUUUUGGUCCAUUUUUGGCUUUGUAUAGAGCAGCAAUUGUUUCAUUUCAUGUGUUGAAGCUAAGCUUUUCGCAAUUCUUUGUGCGAGACAUAACAAAACGUGCCAUCAAGGUAUUAGACACCUUUUAUUUUACUCAUGCUGUGGAUAAUUCUCUGUUGCUUUUGGCUGAGUUUGGAACUUGCAUUGAUGGAGGUGUUGACCAUAACUUAGUUCCUCAAAUUCUGUGAAGUUGAGUUGUCGCACUUUCUUUUUGUUAUGUUAAGCUGCCUGGUGGUUCUUACUAACGAGGUAGCCAUAUUGUGGAUAAAUUUCUCCUGUCUGGGCAACAUUGAUCUUUCAUGGUUGUAGCUCCAAUCCUUUAGUCUAGACACCAUAGUAACUGGGUUUGGAGUUUUGUUGUGCCAUUCAUCUCUUUAUGUUAUGACAUGUCUUUAUGCAUUUAUGUGAAAUGUUGGCCUACAUUGUCAACCAAUGCAAUAGUUGGGUACUGCCAUACUUUUACUUUUCCAUUUAUGCCAUAUUUGUUGUAUUUUUUCAAUUGUUUUUGCACUCUGUUCACUUGAUUAUGCACUUCAUCUUUGGCACAAGAAUCAUUCUCUGGGUCUGGUGUAGUAAAUUGUUCAGAUAGUGGAUGGUUUUGAGGUUGUUGAUUCAUUGAAUGGGCAUUCUCAAUGAGAAUGUUGGACUGUGUUAGUUCCUGCUUCAUUUUUCUUAAGCUUUAAAAUUUUUAUUUGAGCUCAAUAUCAGCCUCAGUUGCC